AUGGACCAUUUGCAGCACCAUCCGGAUCCUGGGCGCGCUCGUUCGCCGUCUGCCGCCAGUACUGCCGCUGCCUUUCAACAACAACAACACCAGGAACACCCGCAGCCUCAUAUAAGAAGCCACUCGCCAUCGCCUGCGCCUCAGUCAUUCUCAAGCCCCCAACAUACUGGUCUCGGGCUUGGUAUCGAUCACUCGCAGUCCUUCUCAGGCUUCAACCCCAAUCCUAGCGACUUCCUCAACCCCCAGCCGUCUCAAACGUUCCCAAGUCAGGGCCAGCUAGACCCCUCCUCCUUCGACGCGACUCAGCCGUUUGACAGCAACCAAGGCCAGCCAGGAUAUUCACAAGACUUCUUGAAUAAUAACAACAAUUUCGGCGGCUCUGACUUUUCUCUUUUCCCUCCCGCCACCACAGAACAGCUCAGCACGCCCUUAUUUGUAACGGGAGACAAUCAGCAGCAGCAGCAGCAGCCGCCGCCGCCCCAACUCAGCACCCCAGAUCUGAACAUGAGCACGUCCCAAGUCCAUCAUAGCCCGACACCUCCCCACCAUCUGAAGCCGGAUCCGCAUCAACCCGGCUCCGCCCACCAGUCCCCGUCAUUCAACCAGCACCAGUUCUCGUCGCCGCCUAGUCGUCACUCGCGCCAUGCCUCGCUAGGUCCUGAAGCGGCUCUGCUACCAGGCCAGGUCGACUGGAGUGGUACACAGUUUCAGGGACACAGGCGCACCCCUUCAGAGUAUUCGGAUGUGUCGUCCGUCGCUCCAUCGCCCAACCUUGUCAGCCAUGAUAGCUUUGAUCAUAUCGAGCAUAGCCCGAUGCAACGGCCCGUCGAUACGGCCGGCCUAUACCAGGAGCUCCACGGCCUUGGGAACUUUAGUCUCGCCGAUCCCCCGCCUUCCCACAGCCCUGAUCUAAGAGGAAGGAGUCCGUCGCACAGCCCAGCAAUCUCCCCGAGGAUCCUGCCACAGCAGCUGCCCGACAUGAACCAAGCCAACAGUAGCUUCAUGCUUCAAGGCCAGAACAAUGGCUUUGGCACCCCCCAGAUUGCCUUGCAGUCCUCCGAGGCCUUUCCUCAACUGCCGCAACAUGGCUUAGCGCAGAUGUCGGCGCCCACCAUCAAUAUCGAUUAUGCGCCGACCAAUCUGAGGAACUUUGAGGGCAGGCCGAUGAUGGAUUCCGAUGCGCUGACUCCGCCCGAUAGAGGACGCGUCAGAAACCGCCCACGUGCUGUCACGGAUCCUUAUGCCAAUGGAAGUACCGUCCCUAUUCCGCGACCUUUGAGCACAGCCAGCUUGUCUCCCAGCCCAGGUUUGUCUUCAAGAGACUCGUCGCGCUCCUUGUCGCCACUGGAUCGCUCGAUACCACCAAAUAAGAGGCGCCAAUCCACCUCGGCGGUGCCCAACAACGUCAUGGCCCUACGUCUGGCGGACCCUGAAUUCGCCGCUCAAGGCAGUGGAGACGGUACUGCGGCGGGCGGCGGGCCGAAGCGGGUCCAGAAACACCCAGCAACAUUUCAAUGCUCACUGUGUCCGAAGCGGUUCACCAGAGCGUACAACCUCAGGAGCCAUCUGCGCACCCAUACUGACGAGAGGCCAUUCGUAUGUACGGUCUGCGGUAAGGCGUUUGCUCGGCAGCACGAUCGGAAAAGGCACGAAGGUUUGCAUUCGGGAGAGAAGAAAUUUGUCUGCAAGGGCGACCUCAAAGCCGGUGGUCAAUGGGGUUGUGGAAGGAGAUUUGCCCGUGCCGAUGCGCUGGGUAGACAUUUCAGGUCCGAGGCAGGCCGCAUUUGCAUCAAGCCAUUGCUGGACGAGGAGAUCAUGGAACGGCAAAGAAUCUGGCAGGAGCAGCGCAUGCAGGCGGCGCAACACCAGCAGCACAUGAUGAUGCCGCCUCCAGGAAUCGACCCCAACACCGGAUAUCCCGUCGAUGCUGCUGGUAAUUACUCAUUACCGGCCGCGAUUUUGGCACAGUAUCCUGCCCUUGCCCAGAUGAACUGGGGAACGCCCGGUGGCGGCAUUGACGGCGGAUCGGGCAUCGAGGAUGAAAUUUCGGGCCGCAGUAGCUUUGAUGCCAGCGACUACGAUGAUGCCGACGAUGGCGGUUAUGUCUCUGGACCCGGGACUGGGUUCGGCCAAGGCGGCAUGAACGAGGGUUUUGGCGAGAUGGGGUACGCGAGUGACUACGGUGGUCGCUAG